AUGAAGCGCGCACUCACAGUUCCAGCGUUUUCACGACGUGCUGCUCUGCGCUUCAUGGUCGUCCCAGAGAAAACUAUGGCUGAAGAAUUUCCAAACAAUUCCCUACCAGAUCUAAAAGAGCUGGAGAAUAAAGUUGGGAGGAAAACCCCGGAGAGCCUUCUCAUGUGGUUGAAGGAAGAUGCUGCAGACACGUGUGUGGGAACAUGGAGUGGUGACGUCCAUAAAAACAACCAACUCUUCAAUGAUGACAUGUCAACAAAAAUUAGCAACUUAAAACAAGAAAUGAGAUGGCUGCGGUCCACAGAUGUGCGUAUACUGCGUCAGCUGCUGGUGGUGCAUGAGGGAAUAGAGGCCAUGCGGUGGCUGGUGGAGGAGCGGGGGGGCUCGGUCAGUCAGAGCAGCAGCCUCACAGGAAGUCUGAGCAGCCUCAUCACUGUGGACGAGCUAGGACUCUCCCGCUCCCGAUAUAGGGACAGUUUAACCAGCCCACAAGAUUUGACAGAAGACACAGAAGAGGAAUUGAAUCAUGAGCCACUACACACUGCUGAUGUGUCUGGAAACUUGAGUCAAGACUACAGACCAGAAAGACAUUCUUCUAUUUUCUCAGCUCACAAGCUUGAAGUCAGCCCCUCUACUAAAUUUGGACAAGAUUCUCAGCAGCACUCAGAUCAGGUGGAUCCUAACCCUGUUAGAAGUGCUUUGCUCAGAUCCAGCAGGAUUUCAAGACGAGAAGAAAAACCCAGCUACAGUUUGUCCAAAGAUGAAAAUGUGCACCCAAAGGUGGAAAUAGAACUUAAGGACUUUGAGAAUAAACAUACAAUUAGAGACAUGACUGCACAAGAGGAGGGUAUAGUGAUGCUGGGCUAUGAUGCUCAGUGGUGCUGGGUAGAAUCACAAGACGAUGUGACGUUUUUAUAG